AUGGCCUUUUUCGAUUAUCCCCUGCUGGGCCUGUCUAUCUCUCCUGCUCACCCUUGGCUUGACCUGCCUUCUGGCACAAGCAUAAUAGUCCUCGUCAGUAUCGUGACAAUUGUUCUUUGGCAGCUCGCGAGAACAAUCUUCGGUGAUGUCAAGGCGCCAUAUGUUGGUUACGAAUCAUCUUGGGCUCCAGUAUGGGUUGCAAGUCUCCUAUCAGCACAGCAAGUACCAUUCCUCAUCCAAGAAGGCUUUCGGCGAUAUCGGGAUUCAAUGUUCAAGAUCCAUAAGAGAGACUCGGAUAUACUGGUAAUUUCUAACAGAUUUGUUGACGAGUUGAGAAGCCUUCCUCAGGAACACAUUGGCGCCAUCGAUGCUCAUGUAAAAAUCCUCCUCGGCUCAAUAACAGGAACGGACAUUCUCCUUGACGGGGAUCUGCACACCAAGGCAUUGCAAACAAAACUUACUCCAAACCUGGGAGUCCUUACUGAGCAACUCAAGGCUGAGCUUGACUUUUCCAUGACAGUGGAGCUUCCGGAUUGUGAAGAUGAAUGGGUUGAAGUUCAGAUGCCUGGCAUUCUUCGACGAUUCGUAGCAAGGCUCUCUGCCCGCGCCUUCGUCGGUUCGGCGGUUUGCAGAAAUGAAGAUUGGAUAAGAGCGAGUAUAACGUACGCCGAAAAUAUUUUCAUGACCAUGACGUCUUUGCGGAAAUUCCCUACCUUUCUCCGCUCGCUCCUUGCACCUUUUUUGUCUUCUUAUUGGCGAGUUCAAUCCGACCUGUCAACGGCGAAGGGCAUCCUUGCUCCUAUCAUUGAACAGCGGCGGCGAGAUCAGGCACUGAAGAAUCUUAGCUAUGACAAACCCAAGGAUUUGUUGCAAGGGAUGAUGGAUCUGGCCAAGCCGAACGAGGCAGCAUCGCACCGCCUUGCUCAUCGCCAAUUCACAUUGAGCCUGGGAUCGCUGAAUACGACAACCACGGCCGCUGUGCAAACACUCUAUGAUAUAUGCGAUCACCCUGAGUACUUUGAGCCUCUUCGAGAAGAGCUCCUCAGUGCUCUUGCGGCAGAUGGUGGGUGGGACAAGACCACGCCGAAUAAAAUGCAUGGAAUGGACAGCUUCAUGAAAGAGUCUCAGCGAUUCUAUCCACCAAGCUUCCUGUCUUUCAACCGUAUUGUGAAAAAGCCUCUGACUCUCUCGGAUGGGACGCAAAUACGAAGGGGAACUCACUUCGGCAUGCCCUCGUACUCGAUCUUGCAGGACCCCAAAAUUGUUCCCUCGCCGGAGAAAUUUGAUGGAUUUCGUUACAAAAAACUUCGCGAAGACCCCCGGGAAGUAAACAAGCACCAGUUUGCCAGCACCGAUGUCAACAACCUCCACUUCGGCCACGGGAAGUACGCCUGCCCCGGCCGCUUCUUCGCAUCUCUGAUCAUCAAGAUGAUAGUGGGCAACUUGAUUCUGCAUUAUGACUUCAAAUUCCCGGACGGAACACGCCGCCCGCUCAACCUGAACUUGGAUGAAAAUGUCUAUCCGGACCCGUCGGCCGUUCUUCUGAUGCGGUGA